CUUCUGGUUUCUAAGAGUGCCUCUCUCUCUCUCUCUCUCUCUCUCUCUCUCUCUCUCUCUCUUUCGCUCUGCCUGUGGCUGCAGAGUAGCAUUUAUGAACUCUGCCGGAUCACAGAACCAUUUCGACCACCUAGCCAGCCUAGCUACCUCCCUUCCUCCUUCCCUGCGUCCUACACCCUACAACUCCCAUGCAAAUCAUAAAACUCACAAUUGCCAUCAUGACCUAAUCACAACCGCACUUUGACUUUAGCCUUUAAUAUUCUCCUUUCCCCACCAUCAACAUCCCCACAACUCCCCCUUCUUCUUCUUCUUCUUCUUCUUCUUCUUCUUCUAUCUGUAAAAAGCAGAUGAAGACCAAGACGGCCUCUCCGGACUUGUCCCUACAGAUAAGUCCUCCGAUCACCUCAGGCCACAGCCCGCUCAUGGGGUCAUACUACGAGCAGAGCUCGGCCACGGAAUCGGCCAGCAGCGGCAGCGAGGCCAGCCAGGACCAAGGCUGCUGCUCCCCACUCAUGGGGUCGGCACACGCUUCUGGCAAGCUUGGCUCUUACGAGCCCUCCCUCAGGCUCGGCUUCGACUCGGGCGUGCAAGGGCAGGCGUCCUUCGGCCACCAGCAUCAGCAGCAGCAGCACCUGCACGUCUGCAGCCGAGACUUCAAAAGAAGCUCGAGGUUCGGAUCAGGCGGGAAGCGGAGCAUAAGGGCACCGAGAAUGAGAUGGACGACGACCCUUCACGCCCACUUCGUUCACGCCGUGGAGCUCCUCGGUGGCCAUGAGAGGGCGACGCCAAAAUCAGUGUUGGAGCUCAUGAACGUGAAGGAUCUCACCUUGGCUCAUGUAAAGAGUCAUCUACAGAUGUAUCGGACGGUGAAGAGCACAGACAGAGGAGCAGGCCAUGGUGGGCAGGCGCUAGCGGUAGCGGCAGCGGCAGCUUCAGCAGCAGAGAAAGGAGAUGGGAGUGGUAGGGCAUCCGAUAUUGAUUGCGGGUUGCCGUCUCAUGGAGUCCCAUCCAUCUUUAUGAAUCGUUCUUACCCUCAUAACUCACCGCCCCCUCCAGCCAUAGCUUCUAGAGGCCCUUGUUCAUCACCGGAAGGCAAUGCUUGGAGUGGAAUGGAGCAAGAAGAUCCGCAGAUCCAUUCAGCUUCCGGAAAUUUCAGGAAUGAAAAUUUGAAGGACAAUUACUUCAUGGAAGGUAUGUGUGUUCCGCAAGGACACGAAGGGAAAUGCUACAGUGAUGCGCACACUCACCUUAGUCCUUCUCACUUUCUCUCCAAGCUGCCCAACCUAGAGUUUACUUUGGGAAGACAAAGCUGGCAGUCUGAUCACUCUGAUUCGCCUAAUGAACUCACUCUUCUCAGAUGUUAAUCAAUAUCAUCGCCUUCUUAACUUUCCA